GUGGCCGCUUUUUGUUCCGUUCCAAAUACGCGCAUUGAAUUACAUUCACCACUUCAAUCAGUGAUUCAAAACCAUUAUUGUAUGGUAGGCCGACGUAUGAACAUUGUGCUCAUAACAAUCAUUCAAAGGGCCCUGUACUUGUACCGCAACUUACUCGGAGUCACGCAGUCUUUAAACAGUGUUGAUAGUCGUAGAAUCGGACCAGUCUGCUCAUGUCACGAUAACCAGCAUAUUGUUACCCUUACCAUGGCUUCGCCAAGCACCUACUCGUUCGAUAUUGCCCGGGCCAAACUGCCGCCAGACACGGUCGCUAUCGUCACGGGAGCUGCCGAGGGACUCGGCAAGGGCUUCGCGGAGGGCUUGCUGGACAAGGGAGCUAAGGGUGUGUGCAUUGCGGACGUGAAUGAACCGCUGGGUUUGAAAACGGCUCAGGAACUGUCGGACCGCUUCGGGAGAGAUCGGGUCAUCUUCGUCAAGUGUGAUGUCGCGUCGGCUGCGCAGGUCGAAGCCGUGUUUGCAAAGGCAAAAGAGAGAUUUGGGGCCAUUAAUCUCGUGGUAAACAACGCGGGACUUUGUAACGAGAAAGAGAUCGAACAGACCAUCAACGUAAAUGUUACCGGGGUGGCUUAUGGGACCUACACCGCCAUUAAGUACAUGAGCCCGGCAGAGGGCGGUACAGGAGGCAAAAUCAUCAACAUCGCAUCCGUUGCGGGCUUCCACCCGUUUGAAAUAGUACCUGUGUACACAGCUUCCAAAUUUGCUGUCGUGGGCUUGACAAGAUCUCUUAUGGCUGAUCCACGUUUGAAAGAAAAAGGGAUAACUUUCGGCGCGUUGUGCCCAAGUCUUGUGGACACUAGACUUCUCGAGAAAUUGGUGCUUCGACACCCGGAAGGGGACCAGAAAAAAUUUGACGACAAUUCCCAAAUCAUGGGCAAGAUGGACGUCUCCACGAUCCGGGACGCCUUUUUGCGGCUGGUCCUCGAUGACUCCUGGUGCGGAAAAGUCAUGGCCGUUGACAGGUCGCAGGGCAUAUUCGACCCCUUAGCUCAGUGAAGAAUUGCUCUCUCAUAUGCUUGGGCUCCUAGCUUUGAAAAAGGAGCUCAAGAGGUACUAUUAUAAAUAUAUGUCUGUCGUCAAUGGAGUUUUCCUAGAGAUUUAGUUCUAAAUGGGAGUAUUAUUCUGUACUUGGUCAAGAGUGUAAUCCUAAUUGUAACCGCUUUAAAUUUGUCGUACUUAUAUUGCUACAACAGAUUUACAUGUAUUCCUAUAUAGUCAUUAUUGUAUCUGCAUGUUAAAUUCAUGGAUGAUACAGGGUGUUUAAACAAAGGAAAC